AUGAGACUUUUGUGGUGUCUGCUGAUCGAGGAGAAAGACUCAAGUCUGUGCGGAUAUCGAUUAGCGAAUAGGCAAUUAGCCGUUAUCUUCACCCUUUUCCAACUCUCCGUUGCCCUUGCCUCGUUCUUUCAGCAUAUUUUCUCCAUUUACCACCAUAAUCAUAUCUUCCUGUGUAAAUCGAAUAUCACAUAUGAAACAGCUGAUUUCGAGACGAAAUUCUUGUCCUACGACAUAAUGAUUUUCGAUUUCGGCUUGAUGCGGAGAGUGCUCGGGACGACGGAAUGUGUGGCAAACUAUUUAGAUGGCGGCUACAUGCGCUUCGCGUGGUGUUUCCAGCACGUCUCAGCGCUGAGCCUAGCGUUGAUGGCUCUCCUUUGUUGCCCGCGACCGAUUUGGUUGCUUUGGCCGGCUCUGAUGAUGCAAUCGUCAUACUCUCUCGGAAUGUCCAUUCUCACCAUGGCCACUGCACCGAAAAUUCUCGAGGCUUUGAGUGGUAUCGUCGAUGUUCAAUUGGCCACCUCAUUCACUUUUUAUAUUGGCGGCUUUUGUUUGAAUUGGUUAUUCACUUUUGUACUCUGGCAUCACUAUUGGCAUGUGGAACACCGAGAAGAAAGGAGAAAUAAAGUGGACAGGGAGUGUCGAAGAGAAUUGGUCGGCUCGGAUGGCGAGGAAAUCGAUGACGAUAAUCCCCAUCCAGAAUUUGUC